GGGGGGCGACAGGCACCGGGCCCCCGGGCGGGGCGACAGGCACCGGGCCCCCGGGCGGGGCGACCGGCAUCGGGUCCCCGGGAGGGGCGGGCGCCGGGCCCCCGGGCGGGGCGACAGGCAUCGGGCCCCCAGGCGGGGCGACAGGCAUCGGGCCCCCAGGCGGGGCGACAGGCAUCGGGCCCCCAGGCGGGGCGACAGGCAUCGGGCCCUCAGGCGGGGCGGGCGGGCGCCGGACCCCCAGAUGGAGCGACAGGUCUCGGGCCCCCAGGCGGAGCGACAGGUCUCGGGCCCCCAGGCGGAGCGGCGGGCACCGAGUCACCAGGCACGACAACUGCGGGCACCGAGUCGUCUGGCAAGACUGCGGGCAUCGAGUCAACUGGCGGAACAGAGGGCAUCGAGUCAACUGGCGGAACAGCGGGCACCGAGUCGUCUGGCAAGACUGCGGGCACCGAGUCGUCUGGCAAGACUGCGCGGGCACCGAGUCGU